UUGGUGGCGGAGGAACGGACAGCGAGGAAGGAGAGCGGUAGUAUGGAAGAGAAAAGAAGACGCUUUGCUCCGCUGUAAACUGUUAUUGCUUUUGAUUUGGCAGAGAAUGUCUUACGCUUAUUUGUUCAAGUACAUCAUCAUCGGCGAUACUGGAGUUGGAAAAUCAUGCCUUCUUCUUCAGUUCACCGACAAGAGGUUUCAGCCAGUGCACGAUUUAACUAUUGGCGUUGAGUUUGGAGCCAGGAUGAUCACCAUCGACAACAAACCUAUCAAGCUCCAAAUCUGGGACACGGCUGGCCAAGAGUCUUUCAGAUCCAUUACCCGAUCCUACUAUAGAGGGGCAGCUGGUGCCUUGCUUGUCUAUGACAUCACCAGGAGGGAAACUUUUAAUCACUUGGCUAGCUGGUUGGAGGACGCGAGGCAACAUGCAAAUGCAAACAUGACAAUUAUGCUCAUUGGUAAUAAGUGUGAUCUAGCUCACAGACGGGCUGUGAGCACAGAGGAAGGGGAGCAAUUUGCAAAGGAGCAUGGCUUGAUCUUCAUGGAGGCCUCUGCUAAGACUGCUCAGAAUGUUGAGGAGGCAUUUAUAAAAACUGCUGCAACCAUAUACAAAAAGAUUCAAGAUGGAGUGUUUGAUGUAUCAAAUGAGUCUUAUGGCAUAAAAGUUGGAUAUGGUGGAAUUCCGGGACCAUCAGGAGGUAGAGAUGGCGCUUCCUCUCAAGCUGGAGGCUGUUGUAGUUGAAGUUUGAUCUUAUUUGCCAUAUUGAAAGCAGUUUAUCAGGCGUCGUUUACAUUCUUGGGGUUUUUUUUUUUUUUUUUUGUGUGGUUAAAUAUGAAGAUUAUGGAUCCUUUCUUUGUAUAAACGUCUUAAAAUGGAAAUACAUGUAUAAUUCCUUGUCAUGUUCUAAUUUGAUUGUAAAUUAGUCAUUUAAGGUUAGCUUGUUGAAUGAAACUGCAGAUUGUGAA